AUGGAGGUGAUGGAAACGGAUGGAGUGGAGGGGAGUGGAGGGGAGUGGAGGGGAGUGGAGGGGAGUGGAAGGUCAGAUAAGCAUCCCCAAUGGGACGAGGCGGCGUGGGCGGAAGAGAGGGGCACGGAGGAGGCUUGCAACUGGGGGCGUAGUGGAUAUAAAAACCCCGUUUGGAUGGCCUCAGCGGAGUCGUCCUCCUGCCACCUUGUCCUUGGAUGCCUUCUCAUCAACUACGGAAAGGUCGGGAGCAGGCCGACUCGGGAGACCGAAGCCGCGACUCGCCGAGAGCCAAAGAUGAACUUGAAAACGGGACUCGCCCUCCUGCCCUUCGCCCUCUGGAUCCAGACGGUCGUCGCAGUCACGUUCAAGGAUCUGUACAGGCGGGACGGCGAGGAGAUGGGCUUCGUCGAGAGGUGGAUGCCGGCCGUCCACUUGGCCGAUUCGAUCGUGGAGAAUUACCUCAGAGAAUCGCCGUGCGGAUCCUCCGAAUCCGGCGAGGGAGUCUGCAGAAAGAAACGGGACGCGACCCAGGUGAAUCCGAUAUUCGGCCCGAACUCCCGCGUCCGGGGAACGACCCCAUCUUCCUUCUACAUGUACAUCCAGUACUCCUUCACCAUGUUCGGCUUCGACAUUCCCCUGCCCUACCCGCCAGGGGAGAAGGCGGGCAUCGCGUCUCCAGGAGGCAAGGAGGGAAAGGCGACCCUUCGAAGGCCGACUCGAGAAACCGAAGCCGGGACUCGCCGAGAGCCAAAGAUGAACUUGAAAACGGGACUCGCCCUCCUGCCCUUCGCCCUCUGGAUCCAGACGGUCGUCGCAGUCACGUUCAAGGAUCUGUACAGGCGGGACGGCGAGGAGGACCCGGACGCCAUCGAUGGAUGGAUGCCGGCCCUCCACUUCGUCGAUUCGCUCGUGGAGAAUUUAUUCCAAGAAUCGCCCUGCGAGUCGUCCGAACCCGAGGAAGGGGUCUGCAGAGCGAAACGGGACGCGAACGACCCGGAUCCGAUUCCCGACCAGAGCUCCGAGCCGGAUCCGGCUCCUGUCCCGGACUCCGGCCGAAAGCUGGACAAGGGAAACAAAAAAUCGAACCCGUCCCCUUACGUCACCUAUAUCUACUAUUCGCUUCCCCUCUUCAGCCUGGACCUUCCCCUGCCCUUCCCGCCAGGGCAGCUCACGGCCUUCACGUCGCCAGGGGUCAAGAUCUCCGAUUAUCACGAUUUCCUUCAGAAGGUCCUUUCUGUGCGGACGAAGGAGCAGCGAUUCGCAGACACCGACACGGCUCAGAGUCGGUGGGCCGAUGAGGGACCCACGUCGAGUAAACCUUCCGAUAGCCGAGGUCGUUCGGAUGGUUGCCGGUGGCCAUAUGGGAAUUCCCCUGUCCAGGGAAAGGAGGCCGAAGCCGCGACUCGCCGAGAGCCAAAGAUGAACUUGAAAACGGGACUCGCCCUCCUGCCCUUCGCCCUCUGGAUCCAGACGGUCGUCGCAGUCACGUUCAAGGAUCUGUACAGGCGGGACGGCGAGGAGAUGGGCUUCGUCGAGAGGUGGAUGCCGGCCGUCCACUUGGCCGAUUCGAUCGUGGAGAAUUACCUCCGAGAAUCGCCGUGCGGAUCCUCCGAAUCCGGCGAGGGAGUCUGCAGAAAGAAACGGGACGCGACCCAGGCGAAUCCGAUUUUUGGCCCGAACUCCCGCGUCCGGGGAACGACCCCAUCUUCCUUCUACAUGUACAUCCAGUACUCCUUCACCAUGUUCGGCUUCGACAUUCCCCUGCCCUACCCGCCAGGGGAGAAGGCGGGCAUCGCGUCUCCAAGAGACAAGGAGGUCGCCAAUUAGAUGGACGAGAUGUGCCUUUUAAAAAGUAUUUAUAUUAACUCGAAUAAAAAUCUCGGUGCAGUAC